AUGCAAGCAAUUAGAACUCAGCGUGGCAGUUUGCCACAGGCCAGCACGCGGCUGCCACCGCUGGUGCCCCGCCCACCGCCCCUGCCUCGGCGACGUGUUGUGCAGCGUCGCCCGCGUGGCGCCGCCGGCGCCGUCGACCCCGCACACGGAGCCGCGGGCGCCGAUGGCGUCGCCAACGGCGACGGCGGCGGCGACAACGCUGUGGACGGUAUCGUUGUCGAGUUCUCCCACAACGUCUUUGAGGCCCUGCCGCCCCCACCAAACGUUGGGCGCAAGCGGCAGGUCGCCGCCCUCGUGGCGGGGGCGAUGAUCGAGUUUACAGCGACCGGGGCCGUGGUGUGGGCGCCCCUGGCCGCGGCGCUGGCGGUCAUUCUGCUGGCGCCCAGCCGCCGCCAGCUGCAGCAGCGGGAGGCGGAGGUCGCCGCGCUCGCGGCGGAGCGGGCGCGCGUCGACCUGCUCAGCCGCAUGCCCGUCACGCCCGCGGAGGCCGCCCAGUGCAGCGCCGAGGCCGUCAGCCGCCCGCAGGCGCGUGCCGAUCUGCUCGCCGGUCCUGUCAGGCAGGCAGCGGGGCGCUCUGCCCAUGUCGCUGGGGUGUCCCUGGCUGUGCUGAUGGUUGGGUGCGCGCAGGACGCCAUCGCCAACGCGGCGCCGCGGGGGUGGACGCUGGCCAUCAGUGACGUCAGUCUGGGCACGGACGCGGUGCAGCUGUCCGACUUCCAGGCGUACGGGGACCCGGCCACGGGGCGGCUGACGGCGGUUGACUGCAGGAUGGUGCUCAACAGCGACACAAUGAAGGUUGUUGUAAGGGGCUCCUCGCCGAUCGCUGCUUUCACGGCCACCGUGUCCGGCAUACGCAUGGCGGGCGACCUGCGCAUCACGCCGCGGCUGGACCAGCGGAUUCUGCUGUGGGGCUUCAAGCGCGCGCCUUCCACCAACGUGAAGCUCGCGGUCAAAGGGCCCAUCGGCGGCGCUGACCUGUCGCAGUUCCAGUUCAUACAGGCCGUAGCCACCACCAUCAACCUACACAUCGAGUCCCUGGUCGGCCUGCCCCGCACGCUCGGCCGCCGCCGCGCGACGACGCAGCUGGCGGUCGUGGCGGUCGAGAACAUCAGCAAGCAGCGCGCCGCGACGGCGCGCGAGCUGGCCGUCGGGCCGGGCAGCAGGCAGGUGGCGGUGAUGGAGACGGUCAAGCUGGAGCUGCCGCGGAAGGAGGGGCUGGUUCGGUUGGAGCUGCGUGACCUCAGCGCCGGCGGCCGCCGGCUGGGCACCGCGCUGCUGUGGGUGUCGGCCGCGCCGGACGGCUCGACGCUGUUCUGGGGGCACUCGCGGUCGGGCGAGGCGCUCGCGCGGCGGUGGGGGCCGAGCGACCGCCCGUGGCGGGUCUCCCUGCCCCUGGAAGGGGAGGGUGUCGGCCGUCUGGCUGAAGUCAAGCUGGGGGUGGGCGUGGAGCCCUGGACCUACAAGCAGCCGCUGGUGCCGACGUCGUACCGCUCCACCGGGCCACACACUGUGGUGCUGCAGGUCGUGGAAGCUCGUUAUUUGGGCGGCCAGCCGGGGCCGCCGCCGGGCGUGGGCAGCAACCCGUUUGUGCAGCUGCAGUAUGACCAGUCAGCGUACGCCACGGCGGUCGCCUACGGCACGACGAGCCCCGUCUUCCUGGAGACGUUUGCCUUUGCGGAAAACGCCAGCAUGCUCACGCGCCGCGUGCGCCUGGAGGCGUGGAGCGCGCCGCCGGCG